AUGUCUAAACCAAUUCCUUCUGCAAGAACCAAACAGGGAAAAGUUCCUCGGAGAAAAGCUGAGGAGAGUAGAGGCAGAAACUCAAAAGCUGAUGAGGGGACAGAAAACUCAGGAGUUAUGGAUACUCAGUCUGUGUCACAAGCAAUAGAAUUUGCAGUCACCACAUCUGGAAGAAAGUUGAGGGCACCAGAGGCUCCAAGUACUCAAGACUCAGAGUGCUCACAGCAGUCCUCAAAGACCUGUCUACAGCUGAGCAAGGCUGGUUCUGCAAAACCAAUAGAUGAAUCUGGAGGACACCUCGGACAACUCUAUUCCAGGUCCGCCUCUGCUGACCUAUGUGAGAGCUCAGAGAUGGCAGCCGCUGCUCUCGCCAUGCCAAGCCAAGAUGUUCUUCGCAUUAAAAAGAGGGCAAAAGCCCUCACUCUGAAACAAGAGGAGAUAACCAAGGCUGCUGGAAUAUUUAAUGGGUUCAUUGACCCAUUCAUUAGCUACCUGAAGGAGUGUCCAGAGAAGCCCUACUUUAAGAAGGUGACCAAGUUGACGACAGGCAGCUACUAUGAGUUUAUUGAUCACCCAGAUGAGUUUGAUGUGAUGCUGGCUCUGCCAGUUCGAAGCUAUCGGUACACAGAGGUGGAUGACUGGAAUGGGCUCUACUACAAGGUUACUUUACUGAGGCAGUCCCGGAGCUUCCCCAAACCUUUCCUGCUGGAGGAUGGGAAUACCGUGUCGCCUGUGAAAGUCCUGGAGGAAUUCAGGAAACUUGUCAGUCAGUUCAUUGCAUCAUCCUACAAAGUGCCUUCCCCAGGGUGGAAAAUGAAGCUAAGCAGGAAGAAACAGAACAGCCCAGCAGCAACUGUUGUGAUGCUGGAUGACAAAGGUGAUGAGGUCGUGUCUAUUGAUCUUGUUCCUGCUCUGGAAAUCUCACCCCCCUGGCCUGAUUCAUGUGGGGUAGGGAAGGAUGUUGAAAAAUGGCUGGGGAAGAAAACCAAGCUGAGGAAUAACCCAUUUUAUUUUGUUGCCAAGCAGCCACGUGGGCACGAUGACAAAGAGGUCUGGAGAAUUUCUUUCUCUCAUAUUGAAAAGGAGAUUUUGAAUAACCAUGGCAACACUAAAACCUGCUGUGAAUCUCAUCAUACCAAGUGCUGCAGGAAAAUAUGUAUCCGGCUGCUGAAGAGCCUUUUUAAGGACCUGAAGAAAAAUUAUCCCAGGCAACUAAGUCACCUGUGCUCUUACUAUGCAAAGACGUCCUUUUUCCACACUCUGACACAGUGGAAAGAGGACUCAGACUGGAAACCUUCUGACAUUGCCUCCUGUUUUCUCAGAGUGCUGGAUGACUUCAUUCAGCACGUGGAAAACACCAACCUGCCCCAUUUUUUAAUUCCAAAGUGCAACCUAUUCUAUAGCUUCCCUCCAAAGGAUUUGAAAUUCCUGCUAGAGUGCUUACGAGAGCAGAAAGGGAAUGGGUUGCAAGCAUUUGCAUCUCACGAGGAAUAG